AUGUGUGUGUUUGUCUGUCUCUCCCGCGCACUGGUUGACGGGAGUUGUAGUCGAGGGAGGGGCGCGCCAUGCGCAGGCGCGGUUGAGGUGCUGUGGCUGUGUCGGAGGAGAGCAGCGAUGUCGGGGUCUUCGCUGGGGCCGGGCCCCGGCGAAGGCGGGAAGCUGGACCUGAACCGGGCCGGGGCGGCGGAGCUGGAGAGGGCCUUGGUCGGCAUCGGGCGCCGGAGGGCCAGGGGCAUCGUCCGCAAGAGAGAGGAGCUGAAGGGCUUUGCCUCCCCGGAGGACCUACUCCGUGUCAAGGGCAUCACCGCCCGCAUCCUGGAGCUGAACAGCCAGCGGGUCACCUGCAGAGCCCCCUCAACGGAGGGAUCCCGACAGGCUCCCCAGGAGGAGGAAGAGGCAGAGAACGAUGCUGCCGAUGAGGAGCCCCAAAGGCCCCCCGAACCUGGGACCUCCUUCCCUGCAACGACGACCGAGAGCCCUGAUGCCCAGGAGGAAGAGGAGGGCGAGAGCGGUGAGGAGGAAGAGGAGGAGGAAGAGCAAGGCAGUGGCAGAGGAGGUGACGUCUACUUCUACUACACGGUGGACGAGCGCUGGAUUGACUACCUGGAGCGUACCGAGGGCGGCCUCAUUCGGCAGAGCCGGCCCAAGAUGAAGCGCAAGUCUGAGAAUGGCCCGGAUGGCAGAGCUCUGUCGCCAGGCAAGAAGGUCUGCAAGGGCUCUGAGAGGGGCAGAGUGCUGGGUCCCUGCGUCGCCAGCCCCACUGCCACUUUUGGGGACCUGCGGAACGCUAAGGCAGGUCAACCCCGCUGCCGACAUGUCCCUCCCAUGAACCCACCCCCAGAGCUGCAGGACUGGCUACGGACUUUCCAGCGCUGGAGCAGCCCAGAGAAGCUCCUGGCUCUGGAUGAACUCAUUGACCGCUGUGAGCCUCCCCAGAUCAAGCACAUGAUGCAAGUGAUCGAGCCCCAGUUCCAGCGGGACUUCAUCUCGCUUCUGCCCAAGGAGUUGGCACUCUACGUCCUCUCCUUCUUGGAGCCCCGUGAUCUGCUCCGCGCUGCCCAGACAUGUCGCUACUGGCGGAUCCUGGCAGAAGACAACCUGCUCUGGAGGGAGAAGUGCCGCGAUGUGGGUAUUGAAGAGCCAUUGAGCAUGCGCAAGCGGCGCCUGCUCAGUCCUGGCUUCAUGUACAGUCCCUGGAAGCUGGCUUUCUUACGGCAGCACUGCAUUGACAUGAACUGGCGCAGUGGUGAUGCCCGCCCUCCCAAGGUCCUUAAAGGCCAUGACGACCAUGUCAUCACUUGUCUCCAGUUCUGCGGCAACCGGAUUGUCAGCGGCUCCGACGACAACACACUCAAGGUUUGGUCAGCUGUCACAGGCGAGUGUGUGCAGACCCUGGUGGGCCACACAGGUGGGGUCUGGUCCUCCCAGAUGAGGGACAAUAUUGUUAUCAGCGGUUCCACAGACAGGACCUUGAAGGUGUGGAAUGCGGACACAGGCGAGUGUGUACACACCCUCUAUGGGCACACCUCCACUGUACGCUGCAUGCAUCUCCAUGGGACAAGGGUAGUGAGCGGGUCGCGAGAUGCCACCUUGCGCCUGUGGGACAUUGAGACAGGGCAAUGUCUCCAUGUGCUGAUGGGCCACGUGGCAGCCGUGCGCUGCGUCCAGUACGACGGGCACAAGGUGGUGAGUGGUGCUUAUGACUAUACCGUCAAGGUCUGGGACCCUGAGACGGAGAGCUGCAUCCACACUUUGCAAGGUCACACCAACCGGGUUUACUCCCUCCAGUUUGAUGGCACCCACAUCGUGAGCGGUUCCCUGGACACCUCGAUCCGUGUGUGGGACGCCGAGAGUGGCAACUGCUUGCACACACUGAUGGGCCACCAGUCCCUGACCAGUGGCAUGGAGCUGCGGGACAACAUCCUGGUUUCAGGCAACGCUGACUCCACCGUCAAAAUCUGGGACAUCAAGACUGGCCAGUGUCUGCAAACACUGCAAGGUCCCAGCAAGCACCAGAGCGCUGUCACCUGCCUCCAGUUCAGCUCCAAGUUUGUGGUAACCAGCUCAGACGACGGGACGGUGAAGCUGUGGGACCUUAAGACAGGGGAGUUUGUGCGCAAUUUGGUGGCACUGGAGAGUGGCGGGAGUGGUGGCGUGGUAUGGCGCAUCCGCGCUUCCAACACAAAACUCGUAUGUGCGGUGGGCAGCCGCAACGGAACUGAAGAGACCAAACUGCUGGUGCUAGAUUUUGACGUGGACCUGAAAUGAGUGCAGGGGGGAUGGGGGGGAUGGGCUGUGUGGGGAGCCUGCAGGCCAGGCGGGGGGGGGGGGGGGUGCCUCUCAGAGCACCAUAUUUAUGUAGUUGGGCACAUUGGGGGCCCAAAGAGGCUGGCAGGUGGGCAGAGCACCAGAGCUGGCUUUUGUACACACUCAAAAAUAUAUAACUUUAUUUCUGUA